CGGAAGUAAUACUUUAAAGAUGGAAGUUGGAACAAAGUCUUAAUAAUACAUCAAAAACUCAAAAGGUACAAUCCCUAAUUCCAUCAGGCCAUGCUAAUCAAUCAAUGCAGACAAAUUAAAGUCCAUCAUUCAUAAACUCUCCACCAUAUCCGUGGAAAAACGAGAUCUCGUUGCCAAAAAUCAAAGAAUGAAAUGUCGCGGCUACUUCACAAACUAAUGACCGAAAAGUUGCCGGAACCUGAGCAGGAAGCUAAGGCAGUGACCAAAAUUCGUGGAAAAAAUCGAGACUUGAAUGCCUUACCGUGCAGAGCCACUAAUUCCUCGUCUAGAUCCACCAACCAUCUUACAGAGAAUCUGGACCCGGAAAACGGCGAAAGUGAACCGUUAUUGGGUGCAUGGAGGAAGACGUUGUUAGUUAUUAGCCACACGCUCGUGGCUAUCAAUGAUGAAAAGGAAGCAGGCCCAUCUAUACUCCUGCCAUGGCAGAACAAAUAAAGAGAGAGCCGACAAUUUUUUGAGCGAAUUAAUUAUGGGCUACCAGCUCGAAUUAUAUGUUACUCGUAUGGUGUUAGAG